ACUUCAGCCUUCAGUUCGCGCGAGCUUCGCGCUAUUGCAGCAUCUUGGAAAAGCUGGUGUUGGGCUCUACGGGAGCCCUAAAAAUAUAUUCGUGGAGUCAAUAAUUUAUCUUGUGGAUUCGUCGCAGUGCAGUGUAUUGCCUUGUGUUGUGUAAAAGUGUAGUGACAACUCGGGAAGCAGGAGCAGUCACAUCGGCGCCGAUCGAUAAAGGCAGUGAUGGCGCAACAAAAAUGAGUCAAGGAGGGUCGAGGAGGCCUUACUCCCGCGGGGGCCCGCGGUGGCACCCGCGGUACAAGGAAUACUGGGAUUAUGAACAAAACUACAGUGAUGGCAGCAGCGCCGGGAGCCCCAAGGAGGCGUGUGUGGCUUCGUCCCCGCCGCCGGCGAAGCGGGACGUGCGGCACCACGAUACCCGCCGCAUGAGCAGAGGCGGGGGAGCCGGCGGGUCGCGUCGCGCCGAGCGGCGCACCGCCGGCCCAUCCGACAGGCGACGCACAGAUAUGCGCGGGAGUCCCGGCGCAGGCGCGGGCCCUUCAGCGGAGCCCCACCACUCCCACCACAUGAACCACGCGCCCCAUCACCACCAUCACCACCACAUGGACACCAAUCCGCUGGAAGGUCCGGUGGAAUCGGUGGUGAGCGGCGCCGGCUCAUCAGACGGGGAGCUGUCCUCGAAAGCAGGCGAUAGUCCCAGCAGGAAGCGGAGGAGGAUCUCACGGCAUCUCUCAUCUGGGGAGAGCAACGUAUCAGUGUCGGCGCCAGCUGUGGAGCGACGUACACCCAGACACCACUACCAACCGCCCCGACGGAUGCGGUACGUGUCGGGCGGCAACGUGUGGCACGAGCCGCCGCCGCAUGCGCCGGUCUUGCUCGACAUCAACCAGUGUAUGUGCCAACAGAUGUCGCUGCGGGGCGCGCGCCUGUCCGCCAUGGCCGGCGCGGGGGUGUGGCCCCACCACCACCCCCCGCACCCGCCACACCCCCCGCACCCCCCACACCCGCAGCACCGCGACCACCCCGCGAGGAAUCAGUGGCCGCCCGCCGGCCGCGCGGUGCCCGUGUCGGGCGCGUCCGCCGCGGAGGUGUGGCCGCAGCUGCUGCCGCCGCCGCUGCCCCUCAGAUACACACAGAUGGGCGGCGUGUACGCUGGCCUACAAUAUCACCACGGCAGUUUCCCGGCGCCGCCGCGUGCGCCGUUCGCGUCGCCGCCGCACGCGCACCAUACCCACUACCUCGCCAAUUCACAGCGUUCGGACGGCGGCCGAUUGGAGCUGCUGAGCGGCGACGGAGCCCUAUCGCCCUUGCAGCCCGCGCCGGAACUACAUCACCCUCUAUUGUUGACCACGGAGCCACGAGGCGCCCCUCUCGACCUCAUGCCGCAUCACGCGAGACACGCCCUGCCUCAUCAUCACCACCGUCGCAGCGGCGGCGGUGUGGGCGUGGGCCCCGGCGGGGUGGGCGUGGGCGCGCACGUGGUGGGCUCCCCCACCCGCCCCUACGUCCGCCACGCCGCGAGGUGGCCGCACCAUCCUAUACACCACAUACACACGCAGGGUGGCGGCGGACUGGUGGGGGCGGCGCUGCCUCCGCAGCUGCAGGCGCAGUUACACGUGCCGCCGCCGCUGUCGCUGCCCGCGGCACCCACUUACCAGGUGUUCCUCAACCUCCUCGCGAUGUUCCCGCUGUCGCCGUACGCUGAGGCUCGCGGAGUCUCCGUGGUCUCCAGCGAGGACUCGGCGGACUCGCCCGAGACCGAGAACUACGAGGCGCUGCUGUCGCUCGCCGAGCGGCUGGGCGAGGCCAAGCCCAGGGGGCUGGCGCGGGCCGAGAUCGACCAGCUGCCCAGCUAUAAGUACAGCCCGCAGACGCAUCAAGGCGAGCAGUCGUCGUGCGUGGUGUGCAUGUGCGAGUUCGAGUGCCGGCAGACGCUGCGCGUGCUGCCGUGUGCGCACGAGUUCCACGCCAAGUGCGUCGACAAGUGGCUCAGGUCGAACCGGACCUGUCCAAUAUGCCGCGGGAACGCCUCGGAAUACUUCAACAAUUCAGAGUGACCGGGCCGCCCACGCAAGGUGUCCGACACUCGACAAUACGUCGCUUCAUUAUGCGACGUCACAUUAGCGGACCAAGCGACGGGGGAUUCCCCUUCUGCGCCGUUAUAAUAAGCCAUACGAGUGUCACACACGUGGACAGUAAAUUUGUGGACUAUAUCACUUCAUCUCUGUUGACAGUGUCACUUCCGCUGACGUCACUUCCGUGUGCAAACUCGUUGAGAAAAUCGCUUGUGAGUGAGUGAGACAAAGUGUUUUGUUAACCGAAUCACUCGGAGACUGUGGAUCGCUCGUGUGUUGUUGACAAAAUCACUCGUUUGUGAACCGAAUCACUCGGAGACUGGAUCACUCGUGUGUUGUCGACAUAAUCACUCGUGAUGAAAAUCACUCGUUUGUUAACCGAAUCACUCUGAGACUGGAUCACUCGAGUGUUGUCGACAUAAUCACUCGUGAAGAAAAUCACUCGUUUGUUAACCGGAUCACUCGGAGACUGGAUCACUCGUGUGUUGUCGAAAUAAUCACUCGUAAGGAAAAACACUCGUUAACCGAAUCACUCGGAAGUCGUGUGUGAAAGGUCACUUUCUGUUGACGGAAAAUAAGGACUGUGUCACAUCAUUGUUGCGAUAGCGCGUCGCGUUAUAAAAGACGUUAAUUUGAACCUAUAAUGGGGUAAACUCUAUGGCAAUAUUUCAUUUCGUUUAGAUUUGCGUGUUUUUGGGUAAGAUUAGUUAAGUUUUCUUCUUUUUUUUUUGUUUUAAUAAUUUUCGCCAUGUUAAUUUUAAUGGAAUAUAAUAACAACAGCUUAAUGGUAUGUAACGUUAUUGAUAUAAUGAUCUGUGUCAAAUGAUUUGUGAGUGAAGUGUGAUGGUCGGACUAGGCCUUAGAUUUAGAAUUUUAAAGUUUAACAUUGGAAUGUGAGCGUUGAUUUUCUUUAAGUCAAUAUUUCUAAAUAAAAUUGUGACGCUUAUAUAGACUACUAGCUGUGCCCGCGACUUCGUAGAAUAGUUAUUUUGGGCAUCAUUGAACUCUGAAAGAUGAUAUUCUCUCCGUUUUUUUUUACAUUUUCCAUUAUUUCUUCGCUCCUUAUAGUUGCAGCGUGAUGUUAUAAAGCCUAAAGCCUUAUCGAUAAAUGAUCUGUACAACGCAAAAAUAAUUUACAAUUCGAACCAGUAGUUCCUGAGAUUAGCGCGUUCAAACAAACUCUUCAGUUUUAUAAUAUAAGUAUAGAUAAUUGGUGCACCUACAUAGAAAAGUAUAUCAUCUCAAUAUGAUGCGAUGAUAUGAAAUCGUCUUCUGUUAUACAAGUAAUUACAUUAUUACCAGUUUUAUAAGUUACGACGGUGUACCAGCGCAGAAGUCUAAUUUUUGUAUGGCGCGAAAGCACUAGAUAUAUUUGAGCCAAUCAGAGCUUGCGAACAGAACUGUUCGCUAUUACGAGCGUAAUACCAGGAGACAUUGUUUUUGGAUUUAACAUUUAAUGCACUUGUAAUAAGGUCGUUAUUUCGUUGAGUUUUCAUUCGGUUUGAUUCGGCGUAAGGUUGUGCUAUUCUGCGCCGUCGAAUAACGCCGAUGCGACUUAUAAAAGUGAACCGUAAUAAUGUGCAAUAAAGCUCAAAUUUCAAUGUUAAACUUUGAGUUAUCGUGCAACGGCGUCGUAGUGGAUUUUUAGGGUCUCUAUCGACUUGUUUUUAAGAAAUUGGCCAAAUUAUGUGAUUCCUAUGCUUCAGCGUGCGGAGACGGGCUAAAUCUGUGUUUGUUGGUUACGUUUGCGUGUUAUCCUUCGUCCCAAAAAGCGGUGUGCAAUUAUCAUAUAGGAAUACAUAUUUUUAAAUCGACUCGUGUCGCGUUGUAAAUAUUGUGACUAACUAACUCGGUUUUUCGACACGGCUUUGGUGAUAGUAAAUGUGGGGUUCUCAAAUUUUUAUUAUUAAUUCAACGUUUACAAGUGUAAGUUGUUGCAACAAAAAAAAAGAACGCGCUUAAAGUACCUAUCGCUUAAACAGAGAAAAUUUAUUUGAAAAUUUACUAACAAGAAUAAUUAAUUCAGAAUGUCAACAUACGAUUGCCUUAAUUAAACCUUUAGUCGUCGUAAUUUUUUAAUAGAAAUAAAUUAUUAAAAAAAUAAUAUAACCCGCUCUUUAAAUGAGGGGUGCCACAUCAUCCAAAUAAUUAGAAAAUACGCAGGUUACAAAAACUAACAAUCAAAAAAACAUACAUAACCCUUCCUUUGCAGUCGGGUAAAAAAACAAACUUCGCAUUUAUAAUAUUAGUAUUAUUUUAUAUGGAUAUUGGCUUUAAUUAUAUUUUCUUUUUACUAUCGGCGAAAAAAAAUUAUUGAAAAUUUAUUUUAAUCAUAUUGUUCAUUAAGUCUUAUGUUAUUGCUUUUAUGUUGAUUGGAACAUGUUGUUAUGAAUAUGAAUGACACGCAUUUGAAUUAGAUGCAUACGUUAAAUCACGCCUCUUUCCCGCAGAGGUAGGCAGAGACCAACUAUUAUAUUUUGCUGGAAUAAAAUCAAAUACUGUAGGUACACACUAGUGGAAAAUUUUGUGAUUUUAACCGCCUUAGGGCCACGACACAAUGAAGACACUGACUGUCCGAGCCACUGGUUUGUUAUUACGCUUGUGUGUUUGUGUGUGCGUCCCUUACUCCUCUACAGUCCCUUUCUUGUGGCACUCAAUAUAAAGGUGAGCAAACUGGAUACAUCAUUUUGUUGAAAAAUUCUUUAUUUAAAUUAAUUAAUAACCUAGUGAAAAGACAGAAGUAUACCAAGUUUAUUAUCCCGUCCCUUAGUCGCCUUUUACGACAUACAUGGGAAAGGGGUACUGCUCCUAUUCCAAAGUGAUAUAACGAACUAUCCCACACGAUAUCUAUGUCAUGUAAAAGAGAAAAACUGAUAGACUGACUGACAUAAUAUAGUUACGUCGAUGACUGUACAGUAGCGUCACCAGAGUUGAUAAAUAAUAUUGAAGCCUUUAUUUGAUUAUGUGAAAUAUCCCUUCACAUGUCCCAUGGCGCCCUCUGUGAGCGAAUUAGUUACAAUUUAGUUAUCGUUUGUUAUUUUUUUUAACUACCCGCCUGUAUUUUACUGCUAUAAUAUGCCUAACUAAAUUGGUCUUUAUCGAUCUAUUAAGAAAGACUAAUUUAGCUUUUAUUGUCUUCUAUAUCGUCCUUUAGAUAAAUAAUCACGUGUCUUCCUUAUGUCAAAAAAUUCAAACUUUUUCUUCGUUAUUUAGUGACAUUUCGAACAUCACUUUAUAAUUGUCACAUCUUUUAGUUUCACAAUAUUGGUUGACGAUAAAAUCGAAUAAAUUACUUAGCAAGUUUGGGCGUCAGUGCAGAAGAAUCGAUAACAGACUGCACUGCAGCAUUUUGCUUCAACAACGUCAACUUCACAAUAGUUUUAAUUAAGAAUUGUGAAUUGAAUGAUUAAUUGUUUACAUUAAGUUUACUGAUUCCCUGUUAAUAAAUUUGAUUUCAACAUUUUCAUUUAUCGGUCAUGAGACCUGUUAAUUUCGUGUGACGUCAUCAGAUAUGAAAUGGAAUGAAAUUUUUUAUUGUCUGUGCCUCGUCUAAUUUAUUAUUGUAACACAUAUCACGAUUUAUCCCAAACGGGGUAGACAGAGCCAGUUGUCGAAGGCCACGUCUAGUUCGGCGGCUUUCACUUUAAAGAGAAACAGUUAGAUUUAGUGUUAUAACUUCCACCAUGGUUUCUAAUAGUUAAAUAUGUAAAUAACAAGUUAGCAUCGACAAGCUUCUCCGAAGUGAAAUACUAAUUUGAAAGUAGUUUUAAAUUAGAUUAUUUGUAUUUAAAGACAUAGCGAAUCACUGAAAGUUAACAUACAUACAUUUAUAACAUCACGCCCCAUUUAAAACUAAUAAUACAUACAUAGUCAACAGUCUUGAAAAGACUGAAUGGCCACGUUCAGCAUUGAGAUUCAAAUAGUGACAGGUUGCUAGCCCAUCGCCUAAAAAAGAAUCCCAAGUUUGUAAGCCUAUCCCUUAGUCCCCUUUUACGACAUCCAUGGGAAAGAGAUGGGGUGGUCCUAUUCUUUUUUGUAUUGGUGCCGGGAACCACACGGCACUAAAACUAAUAAUAAAUUGGUUAAAUUGGUAAAAGUUUCGUCGACAUAUUGCUCAAUUCGUUUUUACCGAAGGAAUGACAUAUUUACGAACGUUGAGAAGGCAUAUGUUUAAUCUACCCUCUAAAUUACAUACAUAAAUAAAAUCACGCCUCCGUAGGGGUAGGCAGAGACUACAUCUCUCCAUACACUUGCCACGAUCCCUGCAUACUUCACAUUCAUAACUCUCUUCGUGCAAGCUCGUCGGUUUCGGGUACUCUUGACCUGAACUUUUGCGUCUAUAAUUUGAUCAAGGUACGUUCGUCUAGGCCUUCCCACUUCGAGAGUGUUGAAUUCACACUCCCCUUUUAUAUCUGCUUAGUCAACCUUCUUUCAUUCAUCCUCUCCACAUGACCAAGCCAUACAAGCAUUCCAUUAUGUUUGUUUGUUUGUUAACCGCAGAGUGCCGUGUGGUUUUUGGCACUUCAUAAUAGAACCACUCCCAUAAACUUCCAAUGGAUGUCGUCAACAGCGACUAAGGGUUAUAAACUUGGGAUUCUUCUUAAAGACGAUAAACUAGCGACCUAUCACUAUUUGAAUCACGAUUCCGUCAUUGAGCGAUACAGCUGAACGUGGCCGUACAGCCUUUUCGAGACUGUUGGCUCUGUCUACCCGGCAAGGAAUAAAGACGUGAUUAUAUGUAGUUAUAUUAUUUCGAAGCAGCCUUUCAGUCUUGACUGUUGGCUCUGUCUGGGUAGACAGAGCCAACAGUCAAGAAUAUUGGCGGUAUUUAUGUAUGUAUGUUAGAGAAAAAUGCAAGAUAUGGAACAUAUGUCCUACCAACGUUCGUGAAUAGAACCCCAGGUCAUUCGCAGACAAUGAACUGUUGUUUUCACAUUAAAAUUGCAAUGAUUAGUUAAUGUAUAUGUUGAAUUUAGUAUACUACGGUCGUUACGGCAACACAAAUAUAUCUGUUGGGAUGUGAACCAGAUGUAAACCUGAUUUUAAUUGGGGUCUUAGAAAACUGGUUAUAAAUUUUGAUGAGUAGAAGGUCGCUUUGAAAAUACAAAUAAAUAAAUAUAAAUAUUUAAGUACGUGACAAAUUGCAUAGUUUGAGUUAGCCUCGAUUUACGAGACUAGUGUUACGAGACAUUAACGAUAAAAUAAAAAAAUUGUAUUCUUUAUUUUGGGACACUUCAAUAAUAGGUACUUAUGUCAUAUCUUUUGAUUUCACAAAAUUGGUUGACGUCAAAUAAAUAACUUAAAACUUAAUUUUAUUGCCGCUUCCAAAGCGUCAGUGCAGAAGAAGCGGUAAACUGGGAAACAAACUGCACUGCAGCAUUUUCUUCAACAACUAUCCAAACUUAGAAUACGUUUUAUAAUAAAUACUUAUAAAUAUAUCCAUCCCGAGACCCGGGCCAAUCGGAAUAAGUUCGUUUCUCACAAUGACCGGGAUUCGAAUCCGGGACCCGCUGUGUCACUGACAAGCGCACUACCGCCAAAUAAUAUUGAUAGUUGUAACCUGUUUUCAAUGAUGGCAUUGGUGUUAUAUGAAAUAAUUUGAUAUAUUUUAGUUUAAUUUCCAGCCCCCCGAAACAGAUAUAUUUGUUCACUGCCUGUAUGUGUAUGUACUGCUUUUUAUUAUAAUUUUUGUUUCGUUUAGACGUUCCGAGGGUAUUUUAAAAUCUAUUCGCUUAUGUUAAUUUUUAAUGGUGUCUCAUUUGUUAGUACAACGCGCAAUUAAACAUUUUUCCGUAAUUUUUUUUUUUUGUGUUUGAUAAAAAAAAAACAGUUUAGACUAAGCCAAAUUUAGACUAUUACAACCUUAAUUCCAUGAUAAUUGAAUUCCAAACAAAAUUAUAAUAAAAUAGUUGUUUAUUUUUAAUUUGUUAAAUUCUUGGCAACAAAUAUUCGUCGUUCCAGUACAAACUGUAAAAAAGAAAUACGUUCAGAUUUUACAGUACCUCAAUAUUGUUACCGACAUUGUUAGUCCGCCUCAUGACAGCUUGUAAUCUACUUAAUAAUCGUAUUUACCGUUGUGUUAUGAUUAGUUUUGUUUUACAUGUACGUGUGAAUGGACCCUUAUCUUCCGCCAAAGCUUACUCGGACUAAACUAAGGGUCUGCGACUUGUGUUAGUCACUAGUAACCACGGACAAAACUCAAUUUUGUUCUAACAAUUUAAUUAAUUUAAAUUUAAUAGCGAACUUUUGUUAAGUCGCGGGCCCUUAACGGUAUAAAAAAGGUGUUCAUAAAAUUUUUUGUUUCAUUCAUUUGUAACAUCUUUGCCAACAGCUUUGGUGGAACGAUUCUAUAUUAAAGCCUAGGUCACAAUAACGUAUGCCGCAUUAAUUAAUUAUUUCUUUACAUAAAUUUGGCAAAGACAGCACAAUAAAAAAGCUAUUCAAUUUUUUAAUUCUGCGCUAAACGUUAUUGUAGCUACGGUCAGCCUGAUUCUGUACCUAUAAAUGUUUUGACAGCUGUCAUUUAUAUUGACAUUUUAACAAGAUGUAGGUUUUAUGGUAUAAUUAAGCCAACACAUGUUUUUCUCUGAAAUUUUAGAAAUAAUCAAUUACUUUUAAUACUUUCUAAGUUUAUUUUAAGUUAAAAAAAUAAUCCAUUGACAACCAUCUCUUUGUACUUUUUUCUUUUUGACAGCUGUCAAAUCUUCCAAAUGCCAGCCAUUAUAUUUACCAAAGCAUUGUAACAUAGACGAUUAUUGUGCUCAGUCGUUUUAUUAUUUUAUUAUACAUAUAUUAAAUGCACUGCUAUUGUA